CUUACUUCGGACGGCAAAAGCAGUCGGGUCGCGACCAUCAUGGAUCGUAGUUAGGUUGCAGUGAAUCGUGCAUAUGGCGUAUAUAUUACCGCUUAUUCAAUUUCAAUUAAAAAUCUUUAAACGUUAUAUAAAUUUACGAAACCUUUGAAUAGUUAAGUGUUUAACUUUAACACAAGUACUCGUUAUAGGAACAUGGCUGUGAAAAAGUGUUAUUGUGGUAAACUGUCCCAUACCAAAAAAUCGAUUUUUGGAUUAAGUAUGAGUAGCCAAAUAUUGUAUUUACUCUUUGGUCUUGCUUUUAUUGCAUCUGUAUCUGCAGCUGAGACUAAUUGUACCACUGUGAGAGAUAUUUUUAAUAGACGAGGAUUAUUUACAACUUUGGAGCUACAAAAGGAGCCAAAUUCAGAUGCAGGAGGUCUAUGCCUAAAUCGAGGGUGCUGUAGUAAAAAGGACGGGGACUUAUUUGUAGCCAACGCCCGGACACAAUUGCAGCAGUUGUUAAGGAAUGAACUGGAGAAACUAGCGUCUACCCUCGCAAGCAGAGCGAAGAAGGUCGAUGAUUAUUUUAAGAAAUUGUUGGAAAUGUCGAAAUACAGUUUCGACAACAUGUUCAAACGGACCUACGGCAUCAUCUACGAGCAACAUUCGUACAUCUUUAUUGACUUCUUCGACCAACUAGAAAAUUAUUAUACCAAAGGAGACACAAACUUCGAGCAGAUGAUGGAUAAAUUCUUCUCCAUACUAUAUGAGAAAAUGUUCACCGUGUUGAACUCGCAGUACAGACUUGAUGAGGGAUACUUGAAAUGCGUGAAUAGCAACAUGCGUGACAUCCAGCCGUUCGAGGACGUCCCCAACAAGCUGUCCGUACAGCUGCGGCGAGCGUUCGUCGCCACGCGUACACUUCACAAAUCACUGAGGGCCGGCGCCGAUGUCGUCAGGAACAUGAUGAGAGUGGGAGUAAGCGACGAGUGCGUGAAGGCGUGGGCUCGCCUCAGCUACUGCGGUACGUGCGGUGGUGUCACGGAACCCGCGUGCAGCCGGUACUGCCACAACGUGGCCCGCGGCUGCCUGCCCGUGCACGCAGACCUCAGUGAGCAUUGGGACGGUUAUGUCUACGCCGUAGACAAAGUGGGCGAUCGCUUGCUCGGACCGUUCAACAUUGCUAUGGUCGUCGAACCGAUUGAUAUCAAGAUAUCAGAAGCCAUCAUGAGUUUCCAGGAGCACAACCAGGACAUAUCGAAAAAGAUAUUUACAAUCUGCGGGCAGCCAAGUUUAGGAAGUGGCGGCAGCACCGGCCCCUUCCAAGCGCCGGAACGGAGUCGCCGAUCAGUAAAAUCAAUACCAGAUUUCGAUUGGAAUCCAAAGACGAAUGACGUUGAUGACUUUGAGAUAGAAGCGUCAUUCGAGAGCAUCCUCAAUGAGGACCCGUCUCUGUUGGGUUUGAAGACUCCCGAGGAUAUUAGGAAAGCGACAAAACAGAUGGCUGAGCAGGCCAAAUCGAGGGAGCGGUUCCUCCAGUAUAUGAAGGGGAAUAUAAAUCUGGACGAGUAUGAAGAGUAUGAAGAACGCGAGAGGAAGAAGAGAGAUGCCGACCCACAGCCAGAUGAGGACAGCGUGCCCCUCGAACACGAGGAAGACUACGACAUUUACUCAUCAAAUGUAGUUUAUACGAAAAAACCAGCAGCCAAAAUAGACGAAGGUCGCGGAGAGGAUUGGGGCGCGCCAGCCCUGGAGAAGCUGGUGCGCGACACCCGGUCGCGGCUGCGCAGCACGCAGCACUACUGGCUCCACCUGCCGGCAGUGCUGUGCGUCCACCUGAGCAUCACCACCGCGCCCUGCUCUAACGGCACACACGUCGCCAGUUAUACAAGGAGUCCAGCGGGCGAAGGCAGCGUAGCCCUCGCAUCGAACCCCGAGGUCCGCGGCGAGGUGUCGCCCAGCAGCAUCGAUUUGAUGCGAAACCAACUCAUCACGCUCAAGUUCCUCACCGGCCAGCUGAAGGAUGCGUACAAUGGAGUCGAGGUGCAGUGGGUAGAGGAAGUUACAGAUAAGCCCCGGGUGUCCCCUUAUUGGCUCCCCGACCGGCAGGACUUCAGAGGCUCCGGCUCAGGCUCCGGUGACGACGGCACCUACGACACGGAGAACAUCGACGACGAUGAUGACUAUCCAGAAGGUGGAUCAGGCGAGAGUCCGCCCAAAGAGUCCACGGUAGACGACAAUGAAAGACGGGUACCGGCAUCCGAGCCGCCGUUCAUACCCAACGUGGUGGACGGGCCCGGCACCAACAACGUCAACGUCCGGGGCCGGAGCGAGGAGACGCCGGCGGAGUCCGAGCCGGACGCCGCGCCAGACAGCCGGGCGCCGGCGCCCACCGAUCCGGUCGCCGACUCCGCCGACCGGCCAUCACUACAGAAGGCACUCUUCACGUACGCCUUACCCGUUGUGUGCGCGUGGUUCGGUACCAUAGUCACCGAUUUGUUUUAAAGUGUAUUCGCAUUAUUCAUAAAAACUGUUAAUAUUAUAUUAGGGUCGCUUCCCACUACGCCGCUCCGACUUGAUUCACUAAAACCUUUGCCAAGACGUUUUCACACAAACGGAUCCGUCACGAAAACCGUACCCGGAUUUUUUCUCGAUCCGUUUAAAUAUGAAAAAACUUUCUGUAACUGGCACUCUAGCUAUUGGUUAGUUCAUCAAACCGUAGUGGGAACCAAGCCUAUUUGCAUUUUGUCACUUUCUUUCAAAUCAAAAAUUUUACUGGAAAGAUAGAGACAUACUACUCAAAUUUCAAAAAAUAUAUCUAUUAGAUAUUUGACGUUUUUAUGAAUAAAGGGAUAUACAUUUAUUACAUAAGGUGUUGUCACUGCCAUUGAUUUCUGGGGAUCUAGUACAUACAUUAAAAAUAGCUAAAUGUAUAGUUCGUUUAGAACCUGAAUUCCUAUGGAUAAAAAAUAUAAAUUUAAACUGUUUCAGCUUAAAAUAGAACCUUAAUGUGAACGUCAUUAAAUCCAAAUUUAUUUUUUAUUCUUAGGAUGAACAGACGGUUUCUUUCUCGAUUGAUCGCUACGUAUGGCGUUUCAUCAUGUCAUGAGUCAUGCGUUCAAAAAUUCCUUGUAUGAACCGAGAAAAAACAAAAUUGCUACUUGAAACGAAUACUUUUUUUCUAAUUAAUUGAGCGAUAUCUAAGUCCUCAACUAAUUUUUCCCAGAAAUCAAAAGCGACUGAUGUUUAUACAACGCGCGAUUAAUACGUAAAUUAGGAUGGAAUGAAUUGUAGAUAGACUAGUCAGUGCGAACGAUGGCCGGUCGGAGUAUGGCGCUUUGCGCUACUGUGAUAUAUAUAUUCUGGACUUUAUACUGGACUUGUGCGGACGAUGGACUCAAACAAAUUGCGUUUACACACACGUGUGUAUAUUAAUUUAUUAAUUUUAUAUGCAAUCUUCAUUUCGUGGGUGACAAUAAAAAUGGGCUUUCGUUUUGGGCACAUAUUUUUUUUUCAACAAAAAUAUUAUUAUAGAAAAUUUCUGCCAAAUUGACAUAUUUAUUUAAUGAUAAUUUUUUUUUGUAAAUAUUAAAUGUAAUUUAAUGUACUUGAUAGAUAGUGAAUGUAUGAUUUAUUCUUUCAAGUUUAUGUUGAUGUGUGGGUGAUCAGGGCGGCCUCUGCGAUUUUAUUUCUAUGAAAUUUUGAAAUUAUUUGUUGAAACAAUUCUAUUUAUUUGAAUCAAUAAAAUCUUUCUAAGAUUAUUACGUUUCUAAAUAUAUUCUAUUGUUUAUGAAUAUUUAUUAUUAAGAUGCACAAAGAUUCCGACACUUCACCAAGGCCGCCGUACGUGAAUAUAUGUUUAUAACAAUAAAUGUAAAUAACAAUUAAUUAAUCAUAAUUUCUAAACUUAAGAGACUGAUUUGUUUCGGAUUAAUUUGUUUACGUGAAUCAUUCGAACCUGAUAUUGAAUAUUAACAUUUAACAGACUGAUAUAUAUAUUUAUAGUUCGCAUUUUAGUUUAGUCUGUGGCUGGGCGGCCAUUACUCUGUAUACAAGUAGCUGGUGAGAUAUAUCAAAUUUAGAGCGUUUGUACCAAAUUUUACCAAAGUGUUGCAAUGUCACAAUUAACCGUCAAUUUACAAAAACAAUUGAACUAUUUUCAAUAUAUCUAGUUGAUCAUUUAAAAGGUGUUCUCAAAUGUCAAUCAUGCAAACUCGCAUUAGAAUACCUUUUAAAAAAAAUAUUUUACAUAUUAUUAAAUCAAUUGUUUUUAAAUUAACGGUCAAUUUCGAUGUUGCCACAGUUCAGUGCGAUCGCUCUUAAUAUUUAUAGGCAUCUACUUACUGUUUUAGGCAUUGUGCUACUGUAUACAUUCUAAAAUAAUUUUAAAGCAACUUAAAAAAGUAAAUACUAGACGUAUUUAUUGUAUGAAAAUUGUUAAUAUUCAACAAUCGCCCGUCACAUAUUAUAUAUUAUUGUAAUAUUUAUCAAUUUGGCUUCAGCUUUACUUUUGCUAGUGAUUUUAAUUCGUUUUAUUUAAAAUAUACAAUUUAUUUUGUAUAUACUAUGUGUUAGUUAAAAAAUGAGUCUGAACGUAAUAAAAAAAUACAUCAAAUUCAAGUAUAUCAAAGUUAAUUAUAAAUAAAUAAUCACUAUAUGAAUUGUUGGAAAAUACUAAAAACCUCUCAACGGCGUUUUUUACACUUACUCCCCUGAAUUUUACAAUUACACAUGUUUUUUUUUUUUAUUUUUGUAACCUAACACUUUAUAAAAAUAUAUACCAUUAAGGAAGAGGUAUUUGGUAUUUUUACAAUUAAAACUUAGGUCCUGUUCCCACUAAGCCGAUCCCAGUUUCGUAACCGAAUUCGUUUUAUUUAUACGGCCGGCAUGAUAGGAAUACGACUUUACCGGAUCGAUUUACGCACAAAACAUACUUAAUAAUUUAUUAUUAACAAAUAUCUCAUAUCAAUAUUGUCCCAAAUCAUAUUUACAGAAUAAUGUUUAAAUAUUUAGAGAAAAAAAAAUUAAAAUUGUAUGUAAAUUAUACCUACUUUGUAGAUAUUACUUACAUUACGAUCUGGACAUUAUUGAUAUCAGUACAAUGUUAUACGUUUUAUUAUAAUGGUCUUAUUACUUGACAUAUUUAGUGAAAUUGCCAUAUUUAUUUUUCUUUUAAAAUAAUGUAUUUAAAAAUUAGAUGACCCAGUGAACUUCGUAUCGUUUACAACGCCAUCUAGUAAGGAUAAUACCAAGUAAGGACUCCCAUUAAAAAUUAUCCAUUUUUAAAUUUGAAAUUUUCAACUGAACUAUUAUUAUAUUAUUUGGUUAUUCACUUGUUUCUCCUUUUUAAUCAUCCUUGUAUUAGAACGAACUAAACUAAAAAUUUAAAUCGAUCAAACCUUUUAUGUUCUAACGACACUAAGGAACAACAAAUGAAUAUAUAUAUAUAUAUAUAUAUAUAUAUAUAUAUAUAUAUAUAUAUAUAUAUAUAUAUAUAUAUAAAAUAAUCUGAAAUAAUAUAUAUUUAAUUUACGACGUUAAUGCUGCAGCGGUAGCAACAGUGUCUCACCCGAUGAUCGUGGAUUCAAUCCCUAGACAAUGCAAACAUUUGUAUUCAAAUUUCUGUUUGUAUUGGCCAGCGUGUCUACAUGAUUUAUUUUAAAAAAAAAAAAGUAUGCCUAUCAGUUAUCUAGCUCCCAUAAGCUUAUUCUGUAUGAUAAUGAUGUCCAGUGAUUAUUAUUUAUUAACUUUGCCUUCAGCAACAAAGUUACGUUAUACACUUUUAUCAAAUAGCAAAAAGAUACUAAAUAUGUCAAGUGAGAACGAUUCUAUACCUAUAUAUUAUAUAAUGCAGUUAGAUUAUGCAGACAACUGGUUUUAGAAAUUUUACCCGUGUUUAAUUAUGAAAUAUUUAAUUUAUCAAUUUCAUUUUAAUAGUACUCUGUUUUAAUGGUACUGAAACGUAUACAAAAGAAGACGCUUCCAAAAAAUAUAUGAAACGAGCGAGUUUCGGGGACCAAAUUUUAUUAUUUCUGUUCGACGUGCCAUCUACUUAGCUUUUAUUUAAUCUAUGAACAUGCUGUCGUGUGUAGGGUUACCAUCCGUCCAAAUUUCUCCGGGCAUGUCCGGACAUUCGGCCUUCCGUUCGGUAUUUCAGCAUGUCCGGAUUUUUUACUUAAUAUUCCUGUCCCUUAAAAAGUGCGCUACGCGUAUUUAUUACUUCAUUUUAUAAAUAUCUAAACCUUUUUAAAUGAUCAAGUUUUUUGUAGUACUCUUUAAUUUUUUCUAAAUGGUAACCCUAAACAUAUGUCACUUCGAAUUCACGCUUGCAAUAAACGUUAAAAAUGUAGCGUUUUAGUAAUGUGACUUAUUAGAAACGUGUGAAUGAGUUUCAAUGGUCAGUACAGUUAUAUUUUGUCACUUUCUAGUUGACUAACAUAGCAUAAUAACAUUAUUGUAACCCAUUUUAUAUAUGUUGUAAAUAUUAUGUUUAACAUUAAAAUAUAGAUAAAAAAAUAAUUAUCAAAAUAAUAUUGGACCGAUGAUUUAUUUUUUAAAAAGUUAAUUUCUCAUAGACAAUACUUGUAUAACCAUAUUUUAAUUGUAAUUAUAUAAAUUAAGAUCUGAUAAAUCUAUGUUGGAUAAAUUUAAUUCGAGAAUCGUAUCGAAUAACGAGUUAUUUCUUAUCUCUUCACUGCCUAACCUAUAAGAGAUAUGGCUUAAGGAUAAAUAAAUAAUCUUUCAAAAUCUGUCUGCAAGGUAUCUGUAUCUUGCACUUUAUCUGUUACAUAAAAUUGUUAGAUUUAUUAUCAAAAGCAAAUGCAAUAUUUGUAAACAAGUGCCUAAUUUUAGUGCACUGUCGACUAUUGUAAUUGUAUUUUAUUCUUUUAUAAUUAUUUGUCAUUGUUAAUUAUUAGCACAAAUAAAAUUUAUAAAUAAUGAAUUAUAUCUGUAAUAGUUGAUAAACGCCUCUAACUGCCCUUUUACUAUAGUGAGUAUGUCUAUUUAUAUUAUUUUUACAAUUAUUUUUUUAUAUAUGCCUUAUAUGUAUAAAAAUGUUUUUAUGACAAAAUCAGUCAUCGGUCCGUACGAUAAUGAAUGUUGCUAGAAAAUGUAGUUUUUAUACAGAUGAACGAAUAACAGGGUAACUCGUUGAAAGGUACAUGAAAGGUUAUUCUAUGUAAACUGAUAAAAAAUAAAAUAAAAACACAUUAUACCUAAAUCAGAAAAAAAUAGUUCUUUUUUUAUUUUCAAUUACUUUUUAAAUUUGUAAAUAAGUCUUGCGUGUGUCGGGAAAAAACCUAGUCAGCUUUCUCGAAGUUAUAUCGUGCUUUUUUGGCGCGUACUGCAAAUUUUUUUCUCAUACACGUGUGACUAGUGACGUUAAUAAUCCUAACUGGAUGCUUAUACUCGAUUAGUGAUUCGAAAUUUCAUAAAAUCAACUGAUAUAAUAAUGAGGUAUACUUAUAAUGUAUCUGUUAUUAUAUAGAUAUCUACUGUAUGACAAAUCAAGUAAGUAUUUUUUUUAAUAUUAUCACAUGAUCAUAUAAUUAAAUCCUUGAGAAUUAUAACGUUAUCAUGUUUAGAAUCAAAAUGUACUUAUAUAUAUUUUUGUUCACUCUUAAGUGAUAUGAAGUUAUUUAAUUUAGAUAAAUUAGUUUUAAUAUAUAAUAUAAAGAUUCUGAAUCCCAUACAAGAUAAAGAUUCUGAAUUGGGUAUAAAAAUGAUCAAAUAAUUUAGACAGAAAUGAAAAAUUCAUUGCUGUGACAGUGACAUAUAUUUUUCAAAUAAAGAGAGCCACCUGUUGUUGUUUACCGUGUUGUAAAGAUAAGGAGGACCCAAAUCAGGAGGACUUUUUUUCAAUCUAAUUAACAACUUUUUUUUUUCUCGUAAAGAUAAUAUAAAUUGUACAUAAUAAAGUUGGACUGUUUUUGCGGAAGCGUUUGUAUUAAAACGCUGUUAUAUUGUGGUAUCACAUAUGAUCUAUAAUACCCUGUAUAAAAAUAUGUAUUUAGACGAAUCAGUGUGCAGAAUUAAACAUUACUUAUAUUAUGAUUUUAUGAUAUUUGGAAUUACUCUUUUGAUAUUAUUUCUCAUCCGUGUGAGUGGAACAGUGUGACUAGUGUGAGUUGACGGCUACGUUCACGACAUGACAAUUUGUGUUAAAAACUUAGCUGUUCCUCAGCGGAUGUUUUUAGAAACUUAGAUUUUUAUACAAACUUGAUGUAAACGUGAAGGUAGUUGGAACGUAAAUCUUUGUGCAACUCACACUGUGCACUUUGGUGUUUUAUUGUAUCCGAUGUGUCAAUGUGAGCCAGUGACGAACGAUUGCGACCGAAUGUUUGUUUGUAGGUUAAUGAAUUUUUUUAUAAAGAUAUAUUAUUAUGUAGGCAUAAAAUUUGUGUACAUAAAUAAAUCGAUAACAUGUGUAA